AUAUUACAUAUAUACAUAUACUAACAUAGAAGAGGAAGAAGAGACACGACGCCAUGUUUUGAUAUCGUCAUGCCCCCUUCUUAAAGUUCUACCUCUUGUAUCGUUUAAUAGUCGUUCGUGUCAGUGUUUUUUUUUUUUUAUCGUUACUCGACAUAACUCCGUGGCAUUCGCAUUCAUUUAUCUCAUUUUUAUCUAUUUAUCUCUAUCAUUCAAUCAUUUUUUUUCUCCCGUUCCAUUUGGAGGUGCUUUUUUCUGAUCUAUUGUCAAAAAACGUAAGAUUGCAUAGGAAGCACGUGCGAUAAAACCGUCGACGUUCAUCCUCGUGGUAUUUCUGUACUUUUCUGCACGUCGUUGCGUCGUGCUAUUAGUGCUGCCAAGUGGUCAAGUUUAACUAGGGACGUUGUAUAAUGUAAUAGUGUGAUUUGCUUGUAAUAUGGUGCUGCCACUGCUGGUGCUAGUGCUGCUGCCCCUAUAGCAACUGCUGUUGCUAGUGGUGUUGGAGUGUUUGUGUGGAGGCGCCCGUGUCUCCUCCGUAUCCCUUUUCAUGUCCUCCGGAAUAUCAGCUCUAGCAGAGAGGGGGGGUUUACCAAGCGUCGUCUACGUGGUGCUGGUGUCCUAGUGCGGGAACGUGCCGAUCUAUCCCCUUUUUAAAGGGGGGACUACGGCCACGGCGGCCGUUUUCACUGUUGUGUUACGAUUACGUCACGCGACGUGAGCCUUGCUUUUUUAUCUCGAGGUUUUAAUCGUCGCUACCACCGUUGCUGUUGCCGUUUCUGUUGCCGUUGCUGUAGCUGUUGCCGUUGCUGUAGCUGUUGCCGUUGCUGUAGCUGUUGCCGUAGUUGUUGUCGUAGCUGUUGCCGUCACCGUCACCGUCACCGUCGCCGUCGUCGUCGUUGCGUUUUCUUUGCCUAAGGAAGGAAAUAGGAAGUAGAGGUGGAGGAAGGGAAUAAAGAGGGAGAAGACGGUGGGGGCGGUGGCGGAGACGAAGGAGAAGGAAGACGACGACGUCGAGGACGGUGACGCGAACGACAAGAGGCACGAAGAAGAAGAGGAGGAGGAGGACGAGGAGGAGGAGGACGAGGAGGAGGAGGACGGGUCGUCGCGUAAAAUGGAGCUGCGCUUGCACUCACCAGCCGGAGCAGAACCGAUAGUUUAUCAGUGGCCCCUCACCUCCGGAUCAGGAUCCGAUCGUCACGAUGGAGCAUUAGACGUUGUAGAAACAAUGAGAUGGGUUUGCGAUGAUUUACCUGACUUAAAAUUACCUUUAGAAAAUAAUGUUCUUUGCAAUUACGAUACAAGAGAUUAUGAAAGUAUGAAAAGUUUAUGCGAUAGAUUUAAUAGAGCUAUUGAUAGCUUGGUACAACUGGAAAAAGGCACUAGUUUACCAUCGCAAAGAUUAAAUAAACGUCCAAGUAGAGGCUUACUUCGACAUAUACUUCAACAAACGUAUAACCAAGCUGUAGUUGAGCCUGACAAAUUAAAUCAAUAUGAACCAUUUUCACCUGAGGUUUACGGGGAAACAAGUUUUGAAUUAAUAUGUCAAAUGAUCGAUCAGGUUGAUGUUACCGAGGAUGAUGUUUUUGUCGAUUUAGGAUCCGGCGUUGGACAAGUAGUUCUCCAAAUGGCAGCGGCAACUUUAUGUAAAAUUUGUAUUGGUGUUGAAAGAGCCGAUGUACCUUCGAGAUAUGCCCAGAGCAUGGAAAUAAAUUUUCGAAAAUGGUUAAAUUGGUUUGGAAAAAUAUGCGGAGAAUAUCGUUUGGUGAAAGGUGAUUUUCUAGCAGAUGAGCAUCGCGAGAGCAUUACUGGUGCUACAAUUGUAUUUGUUAAUAAUUUUGCUUUUGGACCAACUGUAGAUCAUCAGUUAAAAGAAAGAUUUGCUGAUUUACGAGAUGGCGCUCGGAUAGUAUCCUCAAAAUCGUUUUGUCCGUUAAAUUUUCGAAUAACGGAUCGAAAUCUUAGUGAUAUUGGUACCAUAAUGCAUGUGUCUGAAAUGUCACCACUGAAAGGUUCAGUUUCAUGGACAGGCAAGCCUGUGUCCUAUUAUUUACAUGUUAUUGAUAGAACUAAAUUAGAACGUUAUUUCCAUCGUUUGAAAAAUAAUAAACAAGGUGGCUUAGACGAAAAUUCUGAUUCUGUGAUAAGUAACACUGCCAGCAAUAGUAGUAAGAUUUCUAGUAGAGGUGAAAGAAGCGACAGAGCCAAAAGAGAUCUUUCCAGACAGUUAGAUAGUCCUAAUCAUUCAGAACAGCAAGGAACAAAUAGCGAUUCUGAUAUGGAUGAAAAUAAUAUUAAAAAUCGUCGACAAUCAACUAAAAUUCGUAGGAAACUAAACAGAAAAAGUGCAAAUGGUAUAUCAAGACCUCCUCCCAGAGGAAGACAAAGAGGAAGAGGCGUGAAAAGGGCUAGACCUAAGAAAGCUAUUAAUAUAUCUGGACUCGAUUUAUUACAUAGUCAAACAUUAUUAAGUACAUCUCCGCAAGCUCUUGGGAAGAAACCACCUCCUGCACCAGGUUGCGUGGAUCAACAACUUUCUUCUUUAUCCCUUUCUUUACAAUCUCACUCCACCUCUGUGCACGAAGAACUCAGUAUACCACCUGCUCCGUCCGCGACUCCAUAUGCUUUACAAAUACUUUUGGAUUUAUACAGGGACCAAUUCAUGCUUAUGUUAGAAUCUAUGAGAACUCCUACUUACAGAGUAUCUGUUAACGCAGAUAUUUUAAAAGAGAGAGAAAGAAAUUCUAAACUACAAUCGAGAGCAGCACAAUUGGAAAAACAAAUAAAAGUAUUGAUCGAUGAUAGUGUAGCACUUUUAAAAGCCAGAAUGACCGAAUUAGGUAUAAAUGCUACUUCCCCUGGAGAUCUUCUAGCAAAAGCAAAAGAAAUAGUACUUAGACACAAGCAAUUGCAAGCUAAAGCAAGUAAACUACAAGCUCAAGUAGCAUCUAUGGAAUCAGAACAAACGAAAUUAACGGCACUUAGACACCAAGAAUUACAAGAAAAAUACAACGGCCACACUAAUAGCGUAUCUAACACACAACAACCACAUAUUGACGAGUAUAUAUUAAAAGAAAUAUCUGUUACAUUAUCCCAGCGCAAGAGAUUGCAAUUACAGGUGUCUAAACUGGAGCAUGAAUUGAAUGUAUUAGAAAGGGCUAGUAAUGAAAAGCAAGUCGCUGCUAUUGCUCAACAACAAAGAGAUGCAAUGAACAAUAAACAUUCUCAAAGUCAGCAUCAUCACCAAAAUGGAAAAAGCGGGUCUACCCGGAAAAAUAGAGAAGGACGUUCGAAAUCUCAGGAGUGGCCUGAUGUUCCAGAUAUCGGCAAAAUACAAGAAAAUAAUCCGGAAAUUUUAGCACAGAAAAUUUUAGAAACCGGAAGACAAAUAGAAGCUGGACGUAUUCCAAACAGACAAAAUUCUAAUGUUAAUAAUAAUUCUAGAACUAGACUGCCUCAAGCAUCUCUUAGUUUUUCUACGACAUCGUCAUGCAUUUCAUCAUCGCAAUCGCAUUCAAAUAUUAAAGAAAUGAUAAAUAGAACACAAGAACCACCUAGGGUAGCUAAUUUUGAAGAUAGAUUGAAAAGUAUCAUUACAAGUGUAUUGAAUGAAGAUCAACAAAAUCGUAGUAAACAACAAAUGCAGUUGCAAGUGCAACUGCAUCAUUCUGACACGGAUAAAAAGCGAGGCGUGUUACCGCAAAAUGUUUCUACUCCUGAUUAUACGCAGGUUUCUCCUGCAAAGCUUGCACUUCGACGUCACCUGUCUCAGGAACGUCUCUCUUCACAUCUAACUCCAUCCGAUAGAAUAGAUUCUAGACAAUCUGGUCACGAUAAUCGCAUUAUUGCUGGUGGAAGUGGAUUAUUGGGAACUAGAACAAUCGGUGAUCUUGUGAGUGGAGAGAUAGAGAGAACAUUAGAAAUAUCUAAUCAAACGAUAAUAAAUGGAACAGUUGACAUGAGUACAAUGAUGAGGCCAGAAACUGUAUACUCUCCUAUUAGUCGACCAGCUAGUGCUGAUGGAGAUGCCGGUUUAUCAACUCUUGCUCAUGUUGCUAGUUAUGCACCUACAUCGGUAACAACUGCUACAUCUACUCCUGCUAGUACUUCCAGAUCAUCUGUAUUAUUUACACCUGUGACGCAACCUCAAAGAUAUACACCUGUACAACUACCACGAGCAGACAUUAAACCCUAUCACGAAUCCUAUUUUUCUGACAAUCUUACCCAAUCGCUUACGCAUUCUCAUUCAUCCUCAUCCAUACAUUCGUCUCAAGCGUCUUCAAAUGGCGAACUUUUACCGGUAGAAGGACUAGCAGCCUCUUUACAUGCUCGAAUUUUGAACAAUCAUAAUGGCACUAAUAAAAGUGAUCAAGUGCUGCACAUCUCCAGAAGAUUUCAGCCAUAUCCUCGAUACGCAAAUAACAGUAAUAGCAACAACAAUACUAGUACAAAUGGCAGUAUGACUACAAUUUGUCAGACGCAGCCUGCAGUAUCUGUGAAAACGGAAGCAGUCAUAUCAACAGUAAGCACAAGUGGUGCACCUUUAAGUCCUCUCGUAGAACCACAUUCCAAUACUUCAACUCCUUUGGUUGACGAACCUCAAAUGACAACACAAAGACAGCGGAAUGGUAUUGGUGACGAUGAUGGAGAAACAGAUUGGCAAGAUCGUAUCAGUUCUGGAUUUGAUCGUUUAGUUGCAUUUGCAUCAACAGAAUUAGACAAACGAAGAAGAUCAACGGAAGGUGUAAAUACAAGUCCCGAUAGUGGAUUAGGUUCGGAUAGUGCUGCAACAGGACCACCGCCUGUUGUUCCUUCUCCUGACGAAGCAUUAGGACCUCCACGGACACCUUCUCCAACUAGUCCCCGUCCUGCAAAUCCUAAUAAUGGUAGUGCAAGCAGUAAUUCGUCAGUACCUCUCAAAUAUCAGAGACAAGUGGAUCCCGAACGGCAUCAUUUCAAAAAAAAGUUUUUUCACAGAGAUUGGAAUAAUUCUGGAAGUACCAGUAAAUUUCGUCCCAAAGGAAAAGAUUGGGACUGGAAUCAUUCUGGACAGUGGCCUCCAAAUGAUGAACAAACAUAAUUAAAUAUCUGCUUAUAAUCAAAUAUUUCAUUGGAAAUGGGACGUUUUAUAAAGUUUGUCUAAAAACAUGGUCAUCUAUGUGCCUGUGAAAACAAAUGUAAUAUUUUCUAGCACCACUGACAUUAAUUUUACACCGAUAUAUUUGGAUUUCUUCCUUUUUUUUUUUCUAUGGUUUUGUCAACAUCAAUUAUUAGAUAAUUGAUUCGGUUUGAUUCGAUAAAAAUAAUUGACUGAAUAUUUCGUAGGAAAAAUGUAACUUAAAACAAUCCUUACAAAAUUAUCCAAUUUAAUUAAUGAUUAAUUUAUUAUUCGAAUUUAAUUUAUUUUUAUACCUUGUAAAAAAUCACUGAGUUAUAACGUUGCGUAAUAUCCAUAUGAAUAUAAAUUGUAAUUUCUAUACAGAAUUUGUACGGAAAUGAAAGAAGUGUAUACUUGAAUAAUGACAAGAAUAUAAACAAUUAUUCUGCUACUACUCAGUGCGCGAUCUAACGUAUGAACUUUAAUAUUAGACGAAAUUUAUUGUAAAGCUUGGUAAAUAAUUGCCAAACAAACGUGAAAAUGUUAUACCACAUAAAGGACUGUGUACCUUUAUUAAGGUAUGACAUUACACAGUACCUAUGAGAUUAUGCCUUUUAAAAUGUAUAGUUCAUAGUCUACAUCUACAAUAUGGCACAAUGUUAUUAUAUAUACAAUGUAUUAGACAUAAACGUCAUGUAAAUAGUGUGCCAUAUUUCGUAGAUAUUUAGACAAAUAUGAAUGACAAAAUAAGGCUACCAAAACCUUUGUGUGUUCGUAGCAAGUAAUGGCUGCAAACUUUAUAAGCAGCUCUAUCUUCCAAGAUCUUUUGGAGGACUUUAUUCAAGUGUUCACUGUUACUCAUAGUAUAAAUGACAACAACAAAAAAAGAGCAAGCAAAAUACGGUCAUUUUCACGACAAAAAAUAUAAUUACUUCCUUUUUGGCACAAAUUUAUACAAAAAUUUGUAAAAUUGUGCGAAUUAUCCAAAGAGAGAGACCACUCCGAAAAUUAUGAGAUUUUCAUACUUUCAUUUUUAAGGAGAAUAAUGAUCUAAAAGAAAAAACUACAUACAAUACAAUUUAUUUGGAAAUGUAAAACUUUGUGUAUAAAAGAUUUUUAACACGUUGAGCGUGGUAUCGGUUCAUAGAAUCGACAUUAAACUUUUCGUUUGGGCGGUCGCGGCUUCUAUUUGUUAUUCUAUUUCCUUUUUAACAUUCUUCUGAUUAUUUUUUGUAUAUUCUUAAUAUACUUAUGCAUUAGCUGCGUCAUUCCCUUUGCCCAAACAAAUAGUGAACACAUUUGUCACUGCGAUCUGUGUAUGUUAUGUUCUGUUUAUAAUUUGUAACCGAACAAAUCGCCGAAUGAUUGUCACUGUGUGCCGCCUGAACGAAAAGCAGAGAAAAAAUCGCCUUCGCGUUUAACCCAUUAAUUAUUAUCUUGACGAACAGAAGUAUGUAAAAAUAGCUUCACUUGAAAAGGAAUAUGUAAAAAUGAAUCGAUUUAUAUGCACGAUUGUAAUUACUUAUGAAAUUAUUUAAUAAUCCCUAUAUAUUAGUAAAUGUAGUCAAUACAAUGUAGGCACUGCUACAUUUCGCAUGUUACAUACACUGCCGAAUCUAUUAAUUUUAUUAUUGAUCAUUAUUAUUUAUUGUUUUUAUUGGAAUAUUUUAAUACUAAGGUUUUUGUAACAAU